AGUCGUCUCAUUUCUCAACACCUCUUCACCAUUAUAUCGAGUCUCAUCAGCUUUUUGAGUUGAAAGAUACUUUUGAUCCGUGUUUCGAUUUUCUUAACUUUCAUAAACCGACCAAAACUUGUCUAAACAAUUAUGGCGGAGGAAACCAAGAACGUUCAUGAGCAUGAAGUGCCAAAGGUAGCAACGGAGGAAUCAUCUGCGGCGACUGGGGAGGUAACAGAUCGUGGUAUGUUCGACUUCUUGAAAAAGAAGAAGGAGGAAACAAAACCAGAAGAGACGACCCACUCGGAGUUCGAGCAGAAGGUUCAGGUUUCUGAGCCGGUCCCUGAGGUUAAACACGAAGAAGAGGAGAAGAAACCAAGUCUCCUUGAGAAGCUUCACCGAAGCGACUCUUCUAGCUCCUCAAGCGAGGAAGAAGGUGAAGAUGGUGAGAAGAGAAAGAGGAAGAAGGAUAAGAAGAAGAUUGCUACUGAAGGAGAGGGGCAAACAGAGGAGGAGAAGAAAGGGUUUAUGGAUAAGCUGAAAGAGAAGCUUCCAGGACAUGGAAAGAAGCCUGAAGACGACUCAGCUGCAGCGGCUGCACCGGCUGUUGCUCCUCCGGUGGAGGAAGCGCAUCCGGCGGAGAAGAAGGGAAUUUUGGAGAAGAUUAAAGAGAAGCUUCCUGGAUACCACUCAAAGACCGUUGAGGAGGAGAAGAAAGAUGAUCACUGAUGAAAACAUGAAUAUUAAUGAUGAUAGGAGACAUGUUGUGUUGUUUGAGAUGGAUGAUGGUCAUCUUUUUGUUUUGUCCUGUUGAAGUUUGUUGGCUUCGUUGUGUCUUAUUUUUCAGUUUCUCUGUUCUUCUUUUUGUUGUGUUUUAGGGUAUUGUUUCGUGGUAUUUUAAAGGUAUGAAAAUUUUAAUUC